AUGAAAUCCUCUGUAGCAAGUUCAACAACAACUGAAACCACUAGUACAACAACUACAACUACUUUCACUACAAUCGGAAGCAGUCUAUGGACUGCGUCACCCUCCGUUGGCAUUGGCAAUAGUUUACCAUUGCAAACAGAUGAAAAUCUAGUUGUUUAUUCAGUAAAUGGAAGUGUCGUUUGGUAUAGUGGUACAUGGGUUGCUGGAGUAAAUGCAGCCCGUUGUUUGACAAUGUUAAAUAGUGGGCAGUUGACAUGGACAGACAGUACGGGUACAUUACUAUGGCAUAAAAAUCCAUGA